CCAGUCAGUUUACAAUCAAGUUGGCAGCAACACAACCUGUGUGCGCUUAAAAGUAUUAUAAAAUUCUAGAAUAAACCACACAAACAAUGGAACAGUUUAAGGGAUUGCAAAAAUCCCUAUAUAUAUGGACUGAUAGCGCUGAGCUGGAUAAACGCGUAGAGACACUGAAGGCGGCCACCGGCGGCGAGGUGGCUGUCGAAAAUGUGCAUCGCCUGUCAUUUUCCUCUUACGCCAAUUCGAGUUUUGAUCUAAUUGUGAUUGAAUGCGCCCAAUUGACUGACAAUUAUGUAAAGCUGCUCCACAUGCUGAAACCGAGCGGCAUACUGCAUUUGUUUGCGUACAUUGGACCGGCCGGCAGUCUGUUGCAGGAAAUCAAGCUGUCUGGUUUCAUCAAUUGCCGUGAGGAUGCCGUUGCCAAUACGCUGACCGCAGAGAAGCCUGGCUAUGAGACGGGCUCCUCGGCCCGACUAUCGUUUGCCAAGAAAACCUCUAGCGUGAAUGUAUGGAAAAUAAGCGGCGAUGAUGAGGAGCUUAUCGAUGAGGAGGAACUGCUCGAUGAGGAGGAUAAACAAAAGCCAGAUCCAGCUGGGCUGCGCGUCUGCAGCACCACUGGCAAACGUAAGGCAUGCAAGAACUGUUCCUGUGGCCUGGCCGAGGAGCUAGAAAGCGAGAAGACAACCAAAACGGUCACCGAGAAUGCAAAGUCCAGCUGCGGCAAUUGCUAUCUGGGCGAUGCGUUUAGGUGCUCCACGUGCCCAUAUCUGGGUAUGCCAGCCUUCAAGCCGGGCGAGAAAGUGCAACUGGCUGAUAAUUUGCUGAAAUCGGACAUUUAGGCUAGGACGCAAUACAGCACAUAUAGACUUGGACACUUUAUUAAGUGAAUAUAAUUUCAUAAUUAAAUAUAAAA